GGUGCACGUUUCCUUCAAGUUCAAAACAUCACUAAAAAUGAGCAAUUAAAAAAAGACUUUGAUUCUCAGUGCAAAGAUCCGAUAACCUCAAUUGUUGUAACUGCUGAUGAGUCUUCUCAAACAGCUGAAACAUAUUCUGGCUCUUUGAAGAAGAUUGAGCUCUUUUUGUGUAAGCAGUGUAACAGAUGGUUUAGUAGAAGAACAGGUUUGCAGAAACAUAAAAUGAUAGCACACGGAAAAGGAAGCUGUGUAGAAAAACAACACGGACAACUCUGUGAACAACAGGAGCAGCAAAUGCAAGUCAUUAACAGCGACCUACAGGAAGAUCAUGAACAACAAGAAGCACUCUGUGAACAACAGGAGCGACAACAACAGCAUCAACAAGAGCAAGUCAUUACCAACGAACCACAGAAAGACUGUGAUCAACAGGAACAACUCUGUGAACAACAGGAACAGCAGCAACAGGAGCAACAAAAAGUCAUUACAAGCGAACUACAACAAGUGAAUGAACAACAAGAACCACUUUGUGAACAACGGGAACAGCAGCAACAGGAGAAACAACAGCAAGUCAUUACCAGCGAGCUACAGCAAGAGUAUGAGCAACAAGACCAACCUUGUAGCAAAGAACAACCACAAAUAGAUAAUUGCAGCAACGGUCAAGAACRUGMUAAUGUGGACGCAACUAGUAGUUCUUCAGGCAACCCUCAAGACAUUGCGUCCAUACUMUCYCUUUGYACUGUCUGUUCAAUCUGGUACACUACAAGAAAAGAACUUCACGAACAUCAAGAGACAAAGCACAAAAGUGAGACUAGAAGUUCAUCUAAACYCACUACUGAGAAUGAUGAGCCUGAAACGAACCRUCGGAAUGUCACCUGUGCUAGUGCGAAUAAUCACAACGAAAUACAGAAUUUGAAAAUAGUCUUCAAGUGCGAAAUCUGUGAACUGUGUUUUACAAAUAGUCAUGACUUAGAUUGUCAUUUUAAGAGGCAUGUGGAAAGGCCAUACAAGUGUGAGCAUUGCAAAAGAGAAUUUGCUGAAAAGAAAUGUUUAGAAAAUCAUCUUGAUAGUGAAUGCUUUUACAGACCAUUUGCAUGCAAUGUCUGCAAGCGAAAAUUUGACUGUGAAAAAACCCUUGAGAACCAUGGUCAAUCACAUGAUGACGGUAAUGCAAAAGAACUGUUUAAAUGYGGUAGAUGCUUGAAAGGUUUCCCAUCAAUAUCAAUACUUAAGGUUCACUUAGAAUCACAUCUCGCUGACACAACAAAGUCAUGUGCCCUCAAAUGCCAGAUUUGUCAUCAAGAAUUGGGAAACAUAGAGAAUCUUUACACGCAUUUUUCUAAGAUUCACGCUAAAGGCAAAUAUAAAGGCAAAUAUAAUGGCUACAAGUGUCCAAUAUGCUUUGAAAUGCUCAGUACAAAAGCUCUUCUUAUGGAGCAUUCUCGAGUUAAACACAAUUYCCAAAGAUACAAAUGCAGUGUUUGUAGUGAAACAUACAAAACGAAAAUUCAGUUGAAGCGUCAUUUUGCUAGACACACUAAUGAAAAACCACAGUGCCCUAUCUGCAACAAGGCAUAUAAUUAUCCAAGUGCCUUGACAUAUCACGCCAUGGUGCACACUGGAGAAAUCCAAAAUACAUGUAAGCCACAGAAACCGUACAAAUGUUCGCACUGCAAUGAAACUUUUAAAUACAAAGUGUCGUGGGAAUCUCAUCUUAAUAAGCACGCAGGAUYARAACCCUAUCAGUGCACGGUUUGUAGUAAAACCUUCACACAUCAAAACACCUUUAGGAGUCACUGCUAUUUGCACACUGGAAAUAAGCCACAGAAACCGUACAAAUGUUCGCACUGCAAUGCGACUUUUAAAUACAAAGUGUCGUUGGAGUAUCAUCUUAAUAAGCACGCAAGAGUCGAACCCUAUCAGUGCACGGUUUGUAGUAAAACCUUCGCACAUCAGAACACCUUUAAGAGUCACUGCUAUUUGCACAACAUUGAGAAGCGACUUAUAUGCAAAGUUUGUGGUCGAAGSUUUAAGGAGGAGAGCAAUCUGAACAUUCACUCUUUACUGCAUACAGCAAAUUGCCUACAGUGCACAUUUUGUAAUAAAACCUUCAAGCAUCGGCAGAGUNCGAGAGAAUGUUCGUGCAUAGCAACGCUUUUAAGAUGCAUCAACAAACUCAUGUAA